GUUUUGGAGGCAGCGGAAUCCGUUUCCGUGGUUGGCAGCAGCGGCCAGCAGCGGUCAGCUCGAUGGGAAUUCCAUCUCGCUAUCUCAGUGGAGAUAUCUCGGCUUAUCCAAUCCGGUGACCGUAGAAGUGCCCCGAGCAUGAUUUUGCGCUGGGCGAAGUCGCUAUAAGGCCCUCCUCCGAGCUGGGUCGUCCGUGCACAGUCGGCCCGGUAUCGCCACUUCAUCGCUUCACUCCAUUCUGUUGGAGAUCCUCCGUUCGGGAACGUGUGUGCAGACAUGGCAGGAGCUACCGCGAUGCACUCGACAGCCUUGGCUGGGCAGGGUGUGCUCAAGCCCGUGAACGAGCUGUCCCGCAAGGUGGGCAAUGUGGAGGCCCGCGUCACGAUGCGGCGGACCGUGAGCAAGUCCGCUGGCAGCGACAGCAUCUGGUACGGAGCUGACCGACCCAAGUUCUUGGGCCCCUUCUCCGGCGAGACUCCGUCGUACCUGACCGGCGAGUUCGCUGGAGACUACGGGUGGGACACCGCCGGACUGUCGUCCGACCCGGAGACGUUCGCCCGCAACAGGGAGCUGGAGGUGAUCCACGCCCGGUGGGCCAUGCUGGGGGCUUUGGGGUGCCUGACCCCGGAGCUGUUGGCGAAGAGCGGCGUGAAGUUCGGCGAGGCGGUGUGGUUCAAGGCCGGAGCGCAGAUUUUCAGCGAGGGCGGGUUGGACUACCUGGGCAACCCGAGCCUGGUGCACGCCCAGAGCAUUUUGGCGAUCUGGGCAUGCCAGGUGGUGCUGAUGGGAGCCGUGGAGGGCUACCGUGUUGCGGGAGGACCCCUGGGCGAGGUGACAGACCCCAUCUACCCGGGAGGGUCGUUCGACCCCUUGGGUUUGGCUGACGACCCCGACACCUUCGCGGAGCUGAAGGUGAAGGAGAUCAAGAACGGGCGAUUGGCGAUGUUCUCGAUGUUCGGGUUCUUCGUGCAGGCGAUCGUGACCGGAAAGGGGCCAUUGGAGAACUUGAACGACCACUUGGCCGACCCGGUGGCCAACAACGCAUGGGCGUACGCCACCAACUUCACCCCCGGGAACUAGGAUGGCGCGGUAGAGCCGAUUUAAUUUUCUGUGAGCUGCGAGAGUCUGUCACCUAGACGGAGCCACCAGUCGGGUUGGCGGCGUUCGCACAGUUGUACAUUGGGAGAGUGUGAAUGAGUAAAUUGUGGAUGUGUUAUUGUAAUUGGGAAUUGCAACUGGGCGGAGGGACGGGGAGGCGGGUGUGGAUGUGGGCAUGGAACGGUUCCGUACGCAGACGGGUGUGUGUUGGUUUCGGCCGGUAUGGGAAGUAGCGCCAUGUCUUGCGGGAUCGAUGUGAUGGGGAGUGGUUUCGUGGAGUGAAAGACGGUGAGAGCCGAAACUGUGAAUGUGAGGGUGGGUGCGGGGGAAUUUGUUUGAUCUCUAGGAGCAUAGCGAGGCGCCCAUGCGCUGCGCACGGUGGGGGGAUAAAGUUGGCGGGGAUUGUUUGUGACUGGAGUUGACUGGUGGAUUAUCCAUAUCUGGCAAGCCGUGACAUGUGAUUGAAUUGGCGUCGAGAGGUAGUUUGCGUGGAUGGCAGAGCUCAAUCAGCAUAUAUGAGGGUGAGGCACACAGCGGGCUCUCACACAAUUCUCAUCGGUUCACUUUGGUGUCGAAGUAGGACGGGAAUACGCAGUUCCUGGAACGGGACGCUGCUGUGGAGAAAACGAAUGUGUGGGCGUUGAAUGGGUUGCGUAAAGCUUGUCGGAGCGGGGCAAGGGACUAGAGACCGACUGUGUACCAUGGGAGUGGAGGGAGAUGAAUGCGGAAGGGAUGUGGGGAUAAUUUUUGUAUAUGGACCGUCGUGGUGUAUGCAAGAAGGUAGAACAAGGAACACAGGAAUCGCUCGAAACGGGCAGUGCACAGCGUAAACAGUGUGCAUUUUGAAAGGAAGAACCUGUGUAGUUCGAAUUCGGGAUCGAAAGGAUUAGUCAGGAAGAAUAUCAGAACUGAUAUGCUCUUCAUCCUUGCAAAAUGGACGUGUCAGACGGUCUUGACUGUAGAUGUAUAGAUUCUUGAUUGGUGUACAUAGUUUCGGAUUAUGAGAGUCGCAGUGCUAGCAACCGCAGUGUGUCUUUUCUGCAUUAGGCGCAAGAAAACGUAGAGUAAAUCAGGUACGCUUUGCGCCUGGAAAAUGAGAUUCUACUCCUGUCCAAAUGAUAUACUAUUGCACA